CAUACUCUCUCUCUUUGUUUACUAUUUACUCUUCUCUCACUCUCUUCCUUAUUUUAAAAUUUUAUCUUUAGAAAAGUCUCUCAAUCGUUUUCCCUUUCUUACACUCAUUCCCCACAUUUUCUUACUCCGUUUUUACCUUCUCUCUUUUCCCCCAACUCUUUUACAUUUUAUUCUACCCACUUUAUACUCUUUCUCUUUCAUCAGUUUUUCCCGUGUUCUUCCACUCUACUUCUCUCAAUAUCUCCCACGCACUCUGUUGCUCCACCCACCUUCAUCAGUACCACCAUCACUCCCUUCAUCUUUAUUUUCUCUAUAUUGAUUUGCUAUCCUCAAUUUCCCUUCGCCUAAUCGUUGCUGUCAUUGCAUAAUCUCUCUCUCUCUUACUCUUUCUCUCUCUCCUAUUGUUCGUCGUCGUCUUUUCUCAUUCAGCAAUUCUUUUGACUUUAUUUAGGCGUUCGUUCGGCCAGUCGGGAUGAAGUCGGAAAUCUUCAUUUUACGGUGAUGCGUAUCAUUACUACUAUUAUUAUUCGUCGUCUUCACCUGCACAAAUGGCUUCUCUUUUAAGGAAAUCAUUUAUCAACCAGUAUCUAGAUAAGGAAACUAAUAAAUCCGAUUCAGAGCGGAGCAACAGCUUCAUUGCGGCUACAGAUGCUGAUAGUGCUACAGGAAGAUGUUCACCGCAACCCUCGCCGUUUCGCUCUCAUCUUGCGCCAACAAUAUCAAUACCAACUUCAUCACCGACUCAAACAUCGCCACUGCUUGGACUUUCGCCAGUGCUGACCCCAAAUGACAACCAUCAAAUGCGUUGGCAUUGGUCACCCAACAGCCCCUGUCAAACAGUGAAUGAACCAUUAUUCAUGUCCGACCAAGAGGAACUAGCGUCCCUUGCAGACGAAAUGGAUGAUGAUAACUUCGCGAACCUGGGGACUUUGUCAUUUUCAGAAGAUGAAGAAGCUCGAAAUUCUGCCACUGAUAUCGUCAAGACAGAACCGGCAUCUUAUCCAGAUCGAGUACCAUUUGAUGGGCAAUAUUAUGGAAAUGAGCGAGUCAAUUUUGAAGUGACUUCAGCUGAUAAAGUCAAACAGGGACGUUCCUCAUUUGUGAUGUACACAGUGCUAAUCAGCAAGAACUCUGGGAUUGAUAAAAUGCCAACCAUGAUAGAGAAACGUUACUCUGAUUUUGCAAAGCUUCACCACAGGUUGAAAAAGAAGAUUCCCCAUAAGAUGGAAGACAUUUUCUUCCCUAAAAAACUUCUAACAGGUAACUUCACUAGUGAGACAAUUGCUCGUCGUAGCAGAGCAUUCGAACAGUAUCUCACUCACAUUUUCUCUAUUUCUGAAAUACGAUAUUCAGAAGAAUUUGCUAAUUUUUUCUACCUAAAAGAACUGCAGACUGCCUAUAGCCUAAUAAAUGACCAUAAAUACUCUCAAGCAAUUCCUUUGAUGGAAAAGUAUCUUCCCAUCCAAGAGAAGGUACAUUCAGAUGCUCACCCAGAUGUCAUGUUGACCCUAUGUGCAAUAGCUGCUUGUUAUCAUCAACUAGACCGACCUUAUAUGGCUCAUCGGUAUGCAGAGACAGCACUCAACUGCAUGCAAAACUUUGACAUUGUAGACAAUACCAUCUAUGUUGCUCUUCUACAGCUCUCCAUUCGGGUGUGCUGGACUUUAGGUAAAGACAAAAGGAAUAUGGAAGCACAACUUCAGAAUCUCCACAAACAAGGUAUUGUUACAGAAAACACUUGCUCUUUAAUGGACAUAGUCAAAUCACGCAUUAGGAAAAGCUACUAGAAAAGAAAAAUAUCAAAUUAAGUAUAGAUUAAUUAAAUUUCCCCUUUAAAAUUUUAUGCAGGAAAAUGAUUUGAUUUUAAAUCUAAUUUAGCUUUGCUUUUAAGCAUUGAAGCCCCAAAUGAAAAGAUCUGACCAGCUUGUACGUUCACUUAUAAAAGAGAAAUAGAAUGCAACUGAGUCAUUCAAAACAUGAAAAAAAUGUGAACAAUAAUACACACAAAAAAAGUAAGUAAAUAAUAAUGUCAGAAUUUUGUUUCCUUAGCUGAGCUGGUUGUGCAAGUUGUCUAUAGAGGAAGGAGCAGCAGAUCCCUUCUACUGAUGUAGCUGUGACUCAAUGAAUUACUAGACUUACACAAAUACAAACCCUGCUGCUGCCAAUGUAUUGUGAACAUUAGUGUACACACUACUUUCCAUGCCUUAAAAAAAAAUUAUGCAAAAACUAAGUUUUUGUAAAUAAAUAAAAAACAGCACUCCACUUCAGAAUUUUUUUGUUUAUAAUCUAGCCAGAGAAACUGGUGGUGAUGGCGGUGGGGCGGUUGUCUUCUGAUCAGAGAACCUGAACAAAUGUUUUCAACAGACUAGACUCCAGGUCAUUUACCAAAUUUAAUUAAAAAAGCAUCGGUUGACCCAAAGCUAUGAUAAAAGACAUUUGCUCAAGGUACUGUGCAGUGGUAUAGCAUUGAAACCAUACAACUGCAGAGUGAGUAUCUACUUCCUAUAUAGUGAAAUGUAAGAGAUUUGUUUGGCUACUUGAUUGGAGUUUUAUUUAUUUUCUUUUUACCAGCAUUGUUGAAACAUGCAAUGUUGAAGAUGGUGACUGUGAAAAAUUGCUAGCCUGCUCACUGAAGGGUCAAUAAUUAAUACCUUCUCACUGUACUGUGUAGGUGUUGCUAAAGAGACUUAAUUGUUGUCGACUCAGUAAUAAGUUGCUGUAGAUAAAGGAAGUUCAGCACACCACAGGUAUGAGGAUAGUCUUGUAGUGAUGGGUUAAUAUAAAAAAAGGUAAAAUUUAAAAAAAUAAAAAAGGUGGGGGGGGGGGGGGAUUGCCUGUCUAGCUAAAGGGAAAUGUGUCUCAACUGCUUAAUAUUUGCCUGGGAGAAAAAGGAGAUGCAAAAAAGGAGGAAAAUCCAAAUAAAUCUGGGAUAAACAGCAGUAUGUUGCAAAUAUUCUGGUAAAUGGUGUAAAAUUAAAUAAAAGGUCUCAUGUAAGAUGUGUUACAAUUUCCUUUUUGUAUGAAAAAAAAA